GACCCGGAUUUUUUCAUCUUUUCUGGAUUGUGGCUCUUUUUGUGUAAAACUUUUGGAGGCUUCUCCUCCUCCGUGUCCUCCGUGUCCUCCGUGGCCCCCCUGUCCUCCGUGUCCUCCGGGCCCCUGGCCGCGGCCCCCGGCCCUGCUCUCCCCGCGAUGGGCUCCUCCGUGGCCCUGAAGCAGCCGCUGUGUCUGGCGGACAUCAUCACCUCGGACAUCCUGCACAGCUUCCUCUACGGCCGCUGGAGGCACGUGCUGGGCGACCACCACCAGCACGCGCACCACCUGCAGCACGAGGAGCGCACGGGCCCGAGCGCGAGCCCCAAGACCGCGUUCACCGCCGAGGUGCUCGCGCAGUCCUUCUCCGGAGAGGUGCAGAAGUUGUCCAGCCUGGUUUUACCGAGUGAGGUGAUCAUCGCCCAGAGCUCAGUCCCAGGGGAAGGUUUGGGUAUUUUCUCUAAAACGUGGAUUAAAGCUGGAACUGAGAUGGGUCCAUUCACCGGACGUUUGAUUUCCCCUGAACACGUCGACCUGUACAAGAACAACAACCUCAUGUGGGAGGUGUUCAACGAGGACGGGUCGGUCCGGUACUUCAUCGACGCCAGUCAGGAGGACCAGAGGAGCUGGAUGACCUACAUCAAGUGUGCGAGGAACGAGCAGGAGCAGAACCUGGAGGUGGUUCAGAUCGGCAGCAGCAUCUUCUACAAGGCCGUGGAGACGAUCCCUCCGGACCAGGAGCUGCUGGUCUGGUACGGAAACUCCCACAACACCUUCCUGGGAAUCCCCGGGAUCCCCGGGCUGGAGGACGAGCAGAGCAAGAAGAGCAAGAGCGAUGAGUUCCACACCUGUGAGGGCUCCUCCUCCUGCUCCUCCUCUUCCUCCUCCUCCUCCUCCUCCUCCUCCUCCUCUGCUGUGGGACGCAUGCGCUGCGUCAUCUGUCAUCGUGGGUUCAACUCCCGCAGCAACCUGCGCUCCCACAUGCGCAUCCACACGCUGGACAAACCGUUUGUGUGUCGCUUCUGUAACCGGCGCUUCAGCCAGUCGUCCACGCUGAGGAACCACGUGCGGCUGCACACCGGCGAGCGGCCCUACAAGUGCCACGUGUGCCAGUCCGCCUACUCCCAGCUGGCCGGCCUCAGGGCGCACCAGAAGAGCGCCCGGCACCGGCCCAGCGCGGGGGCCCCGGAGGGGGGGGUGGGGGGCCCCGGAGGGGGGGUACACUCACCUCCUCACCCUCCACAGCUGAGCGCCAUAACUCACCCUGCAUCACUGGUCCAUCAUAUACCCACCAUGGUGCUGUGAUUACACACACACACACACACACACACACACAUGGUGCUGUGAUUACACACACACACACACACCAUGGUGCUGUGAUUACACACACAAACACACACACACACACACCAUGGUGCUGUGAUUACACACACAAACACACACACACACACACCAUGGUGCUGUGAUUACACACAUAUACACACACACCAUUGUGCUGUGAUGACACAUAUAUACACACACACACACACACCAUGGUUCUGUGAUUACACACAUACACGUGUGGAGACGUGUGUUACAGUUGCAUGAUGAGUGUGUAUCUAAUCACGUAUCUAUGAGAUGAUGAUGUUGUGCAGUGGUUUGCAUGCUAGCUCUGCUCCAGGUUGUAAUGUGAGUGUUGAACACAAGGAGGCGCUACAGUCUCUGAGGCUCCUUCAGUCAGAUUCCGGAGCCUGAAACUAUAUGUUUGUGUUUAUUGUUGUUAUUGUAACAGGAUGAUAUCGCUCCCCCGACUCCUACGAGAAAAUAUUAGAAUCUACAUUUCUAAUUUCUGUAAAUGUUCCUACUUGAUUUUUUUGUAGAUUUCUGUAUAAAUAUGUUGUUAAAUAAUCAAACUGAGAAUCAAACGAGUAAUGUGAUGUAAAUAAUAAACAUGAGAUGUGCUUUAUGCCCAGAAUUUAAAUCAACUGUCACUUUAUCUCUGUAUAUGUAUGUGUACAAGGUCAUAUAUGACACAUGUAUCAGUAUAUGAAGUAUACUUUGUUAACCUCUAUGAAGAAGAACGUAUUUGAGCAUAUAUAAUCAUAAUAAACUAUAACAUGAUGAGAAACAUCUGUCGUGACUUGUCACUGAUCAUCUUUAGA